ACUCGCGAAAUAUAUUCUCGCGUUGCAGUUAUCGUUUCGUUUGCUAUUCAUAUUCUAGAUAUGGCUGCAUUUGGUCGAUACAACGGAAGAACCAACAAGGAUCUUGUACAAUAUCUUAAAAGAUCCAAAAUCGUUAAAUCAGAUAGAGUUUUUGAAACAAUGUGUGCAGUGGACAGAGCCAAGUAUACAACAUCAAAUAACCCCUAUUUCGAUGCUCCGCAGGGUAUUGGAUAUGGGGUUACUAUAAGCGCACCUCAUAUGCAUGCAUAUGCUCUGGAAUUGCUCGAAGACAAACUGAAACCCGGCAACAAAGCAUUGGAUGUUGGCUCUGGCUCUGGAUAUUUAACAGCAUGUAUGGGACUCAUGCUUGGCGAUGAUGGAUUAGCAGUGGGCAUUGAUCAUAUACCUGAACUCCAGGCAUUGGCAAAACGUAAUCUUCAAAGUGACAGACCUGAGCUUCUAGAAUCUGGACGAGUCGCUUUAGUUGUUGGCGACGGACGAUUGGGUUGUCCUGAACAUGCUCCUUAUGACGCGAUACACGUUGGAGCAGCGGCUCGUGAAACGCCCCAACCGCUGAUAGAUCAACUUGCAGUCGGUGGCCGUUUGAUAGUUCCAGUUGGACCAGAAAAUGACGACCAAACUCUGUACCAGUUCGAGAAAAGUGCGGAUGGCAAAAUAAAGAAAAAGCCUCUCAUGGGAGUCGUGUUUGUUCCAUUGACAGACAAGGAACGUCAGUAUCGCUCAUGAAAGCGAUGCUUGCUCCAGUGAGUGAGCACCAUUUUAUUUAUUUAUUUAUUUUUUUCCAUACUCACUCAAUGAAACAUCUUGCUGGGAAAAAAUUUAAGCUCAAAAAAUAAAAAAUUUCGAUGUUUUAUUGGAAUAAAUGAUUCAACACAAUUGGCAUUGGGCCCUUCAUUUAUUCAUAACUUGAUUCAAACACGUUUUUUUCUUCUCUGUGACACAUAAAAGUCAAUUAUAUCAUGCCAAUAAAUUAUCUAGAACGGCAAAAAACAAUAUUUUCUUUUCCCACUGUAAUACAUUUAUUCAAACGAAUCGAUGUUUCCAAUUCCAAAGAUAUCAUAGUUAUAUCUCUGGAAACAUUUCGAUGCGAAACGUUUUUGGUCGUUGGCCAUCGAUAUCAAAAUACUUGAGUAAUACGUAAAGACAAAGAUUUUUUUUAUCAUUUCCACUUAGCGCUCAUACACUGUUCCGUUUCUUGAUAAAUUUUAUACAUUCGGUUAACAAGUCUAAGAAUUUACUGUUAUAACAUACAAUAGAAUUGAUUUGCACCGAUUCGUCUAAAUUCUUUCAUCCACAUAUUAAGGUAAUUACAAAUUGUACUAAUUUUUCGAACAAUCACUGCAUCUUUCUACCGUCGUUCUUACAUUGUCCACAUAUUCGCGUUUCAACUAAAAUUCAACUUCGUAGAUCUUAUUUUUACACCAUGACUUCAAAGUGUGGUCCGCGUGUAUAAAACAAGAAACUUAUAAAUUUAAAAAUGUGGCUCUGUCAGAUGAAAAAAGUGAAUAAAGAUCAGACGAAAAUA